GAAAGGGUCGGGAGCUCCGCCGGCUGCCUGCUCAGGGUGGGAUUGACAUCAAAUCCCGGGAGCAGGGGAGGGGGGUGGGAAUUCACCGUCAGCUCCAGUACGAAAUGCGGCUGCAAGGGAAACACGCUGCUUUUGACACUCGGCAAUUCUGAUCACACACCUUGUUUUUGUCUGAACGGGAAUAAACCAUCGAUUCCAGGAAUUAAAACCUGAGACCGAAACUGCAAUGUUGUCGAUGGUGGGGAAAUUUGCGUUGAUAAUGAUGUGCUUGGCAUUGCCUGGACUGAGAGAAGCAGCCGGCAGAGUUGGAUGGAAUACCACAGAGGGAUACAAUGUCACAACCCCACUAGACUUCCUCAAUACUACCAGUUUUCAGGAGAUCUCCACUGCUACGGAAAGAUCGUUUGCAACAUCAACAGUACCUUCUACUAUUGUAACAACACAAGCCACUACCAUUACACCUACCGCCGACUGGGAAUGGAUGGAAUCACAAGAGCAUAAAUGUAACUGCAGUAUUGUUGGAAGCACCAAUGACUCCCUGUGUAACUCAUCAUCAGGCCAGUGUGAUUGCCUGCCUGGGUACGUCGGCCUACAAUGCAGUGACUGUGCAGGAGGCUUUUACCACAACACCAUUAAUGGACAGUGCACUUUAUGUGGAUGUAACAAGACAGGAGCAGUAAACUCCCAAUGUGACAGCACUGGAAAAUGCCAUUGUAAAGAAGGGGUGACUGGCCUGAAAUGUCACCAGUGUAAAACCUUACAUUACAAGUUCAGCGAAGCUGGGUGCAGACCCUGUCAAUGUAACAAUCUCUCCAAAACAUGUGAUGACAUAACUGGCAUCUGCUUAAACUGCACUGGAAAUAGCAAAGGACGUCAUUGUGAGAAGUGCACAGAUAGUUACUACAGGAAGCCUGGAACCAACGAUGCAGUUGUGUGUGAACGUUGCCCUUGCUCAGUAGUGACAUCCAGUGGAAGCUGUCACAUAGUAUCAGGUGAGGCAGUUUGUGACCAGUGCAAGCCUGGCUACUUUGGCUCCAACUGUGAGGAGUGUGCUGACGGCUACUACAAUUCAGACAGCAUUUGUGUGAGGUGUGAAUGCAACAACAACAUAGAUAUAAACAGCAGGCAACCGAUCUGUGACUCGGAGUCCGGGCGGUGCCUGAGCUGCACAUUAAACACAACAGGCUUUCACUGCGAGAAAUGCGCCGAAGGAUACACGGGAGAUGCUGUGGCAGGGAGCUGCCAAAUAGAAAUAACCACAGUACUGACAACAGCUUCCAUGCCAACAACCACUAUUUCGAGUACCAGCACGACAAUCUCCCCGUCAACUUCAGUCACAAACAGUACAUUUAGUGCAAAGACUCAGACAUUCCUGUCAACUUUAUUGAGCACACCCCAGAGCAUGGUGAGCACAGCCGAACCAGUGACACCUGAAAUAUCAUGGACUCAGUUUAACGUCGUGGUGCUGGUGGUUAUUACUGCUGUGGUCGUCCUGCUCAUGGGUUUCGUGGCUGGUGUCUAUGUUUACCGGGAGUAUCGAAACCGGAAGUUAAAUGCUCCCUUCUGGACCAUAGAACUGAAGGAGGACAACAUAAGUUUCAGCAGUUACCAUGACAGCAUCCCCAAUGCUGAUGUUUCGGGACUGCUCGAGGAUGAUGUGACUGAAGUGGUUCCGAAUGGACAGCUGUCUCUUUCAACGCCAAUGAACUCAUACAAGAUAUAAAAUCUAAAAUAACUGGAAACAUAGGAUUGGAGAAAGGACAAUUAAAUGGGCUGAGCAGCCAAAUUGCUCUGUAUAACAAUCAAAUUUACAAAAGCAACAUAGUUAUGUUGUAAAACUGUCUGCUUCCUUGAACUGAAUUGGUACUCGAAACAAGAGCCUAUGAAUCAGAUAGAAAUUACAUCCUAUUAACUCCAUUCACCAGUGUAAAACACCCCAAAGAAGUUUCUAUUUUUGUACAAAUAUAAGAUGCAAUGAAGUUUAGGAUUAAGUUCUCUGUGAAUAUGGAGAAGGUGAAUGAUUAUUUAACAGACAUGCCCUACGCAAAAGGAACAUUGCAGUAUUGUGCAUCACACUGCGACAGAAAGACCUGCUGCUGAGAGAUUGGGGUAUUAGUUUUAUACAAGAUGACUAAAUACUUCAUCAAAGACUAGAUGAAAAGCUCUGGACUCUAGCUUGUAAGCUACAGACAGUUACAAAUGGUUGCCAAGGGACAAAGGCAAUAAUCAAAUUAGGGCCAACAUGUUUCCAAUGGAGAUUGCAUUGGUACAGCUGUUAAUGUCACACGUACUCUGGUCACUUAGCACACAAUGCAGCAGUCUGUCAGUGUCAUAUCCUUGUGACCAUACGUGAGCUUGCUUCAAAAAGCAAAUGACCAGUCACCUCUAACAUCUGUUCACAUCUGUCAGAUGCAAGCUCAUAUCUAAUGGUGUCAAAAUGGCUGUUUGUUGUAAAUUCUUGUGGUACAGUCAUGAACCAAGUGAUAAUAAACUACAGCCUUAAAUCGGCCCUCUACUUGAGAAUUAUAAGCACAUAUAGGACCAGAGAAUGGUUUAGUGCAAUUGUAAAUUUCAUCAAAGUACCUUAAAAACACAAGCAUAUCUCACUAAUGAUUUCUUUAAUUUGACAAAUGAAGAGGACCAUUAACAACCUGCAGCACUCUAUCCAAUUCUAUAUAACCAGAUUUGUUAACAGACUUAAGUCAAAAAGUUAAUUUUUUUUGGGGUGUAGAGAGAGUCAUGACCCAGUGAACCUGGAUCAGUCUGCCAGUCUAACAUGAAAAGACACUGCAGAAAGAAGAAGUGACAUUCUCUCUGACCUGAAGUUAUACUACUGGCAGUUUGUGGUUCCAGAAGGAGUGGUAAAAAGUAGUAAAAAGCUGAAGGACCACUUGUUGUUAACUGAGAGGCUUCCAUUUCAAGGGCAUUUGAUUUUCUUCCUGCACAGGUCCAGCAGUAUCCAUUUUGUUAUUACAGCAAAACCCAUGAAAAUGCCUCAGUCAAUGGAGCUUUCCCAUUCCAACGGCAUGUAGUUACUGCAUCUCAUUCACUGAUUCUUUGGGAAUGGGAGGCCCGAAAUUUGACAACACCAACUCUGACCUAGACUUAAGUGACAUUAUUAGUCAGAACUUCAGUAUCAAUGAAGGACAAGCGGUUAAAAUUGAAGUAGUCAUUGAUCUUUUACUGUGAUGUAGAUAUUUUAAACUAAUAUUUUCAGUGGUCUUCUUUGAUAUCAGUCAAGUCUUUCUUUGUUUAAUUUUGAAAUAAAUUCACCCCAACACAACAGUUUGUUUGGUAAUUAAACUCCGUAUAAUUCUUCAGUUAAGUACAUUUACAUAUUUGAUGGCUCCAUCACUGCAGCUGUUUAGUUCAACCACACAGAAAACCUGUCUUUGGCCAGUAUUAUAUUGUCAAAGCCCUCCCAUACUUAUCACAUCAGGGCAGAAGUUCUCCAGUACUUGAAAACAUCAGGAAUAGAAAUUCUAGAAAAUCUAUACAAACAUCACUCCCUGCUCUCACUCACUCUGACUGCAUUGACUCAAGCAACCUCGUCCAUAAUCUCCAAAACCUGGCCUGGCCUUGCUCUAUAUUGUUUCAACUGUCAUUUUCACUGUCAAUGAAUGAUACAGCAAAAUAACUUAGCAUUCAGCUCAUUGUACUUGUGAAGAGAGCUAUACCAUUAGUCUCUCUUCCCUAUCCUAGCCCAGCUAAUGAUUCCUUUUCAAGCAAUUACUCAGCUCCCGUUUCAAAAUUACUAAAUCUACAUCCAUCACCUUUUUGGAAAGGAUAUUCCACUUCAUAACUAGUUACACAAAACCCUUUUCUGUUGUGUAAUUUUGUUAAAUGCAUGAAAUUUGGGGCCUUUGCCUAAUGACCUCUCUGCCACUAUUUCUUCUUAUUCUGUCCAAGUACUUUCAGAUUUUGAAUGCAUAUCAAAUCUUCCCUUAAACUUCUUUGUUCUAUGGAAAACAACCUAUGUUCUGGGGAAGGGUCACCGGACCCAAAACGUUAACUCUGUUUUUCCCUUCACAGAUGCUGCCAGACCUGCUGGGCUUUUCCAGCAACAUCUGUUUUUGUUCCAGGUUGACAGCAUCUGCAGUUCUUUCGGGUUUGUUUUUACCCAUUUCUCUGGUUUCUCCAGAUAACUGGAGGUCUUUCAUCCUGAUUUCAUUGUAUUAAAUCCCCUUUGGAUUAUAACCCUUGACAGCUUUCCUAAAACAUGCUGCCCUGUAGUUGUUUGUUGUGAGUCAAUGGUCUUAAGAAUUUCAUGAAUAAAUUUGUACAGAUUUUUAAUCAGCGAGCUUACAGCAGAUGCUGUUUUCACUGUGGCUCAAGUUGAAUCCCACACCUUCCCUGUAAUCCAUAGUUAUGAAUGACAAGCUAAGCCAUUACUGGCUUGCAAUAAUGGAAUGAAAAUGGAAAUGGAAAUGAAAUUGUAAAUUCCUGUGUAAUUGCCUGACAAGUUUUCACAUGCAGCAUUUGUUAACUGAUUAAGUUUGGUCACAAAACAAAUAAAAUCUGACUUUGGAACAGAUGCGUAUAUUGUGAAAGAUAUUCUAAAGUAACAGAGUAUUGGACACAUCAUCAGAUCCCCAACACAGGAAUCUGGGCAAAACAUAUUCUCUUCAGUGUUCAAAAAUAUAACGCUGCACGUAACAUAUACUCAAGGGUUAGGAUACAUUCAAUAUGCUAUAGUUUCAAUAUUUUGCAGACCGUUAUAUUUAGAAUUGCUCAGUCCUCAGCCCUGAAGGUGUACAGCUAUGUGCGAAACAAGUUCACUAUCCAUUUGUAUUGAAACCAUUUGAUUAGUUUCUUUAAAGUAAAUCUUAAAUGGUUCCAAACAGGGGGAAGUACAACCAAUUACAGCAGAUUAAGCACUUGCUUUCAAUUGUACAGUAGAUCAAGCAAACUGAUUGUUAUAAGGCACAUUUAUUUAAAACAUGACAACAGAAUAUGUAAAUACUUGUAUUUAGAAAGAGUGCAGGUUUAAAGAUGUUUAUUGACUGAGGACAUACUUCUUUCUUUGAGUGUUAAGUGUUUGUAUUUAAAUGUUUAAAAAAAAUAAAAUCUUUAAAAUGAUGCUGGCUUUUCAACACUAACAAGUCGUUAAGUUUCACCAAAAGGUAACAGUAACAUACCUUUCUGAAGGUUGAUGCUGGAGGGGAUACUGCCUCCAAUUUUGCAAGAGCAAUCAGUAAGAAGCAUUAGGAAUAAUACAGCCACUUACUUGCAAACCAAUUAAUUCCAGAUCCAUUUCUACAAUGUAUCACUUUGUGAAUCAACUGAUUUUUUAAAAAUAAUCUGUGUAUUAAUUGCCGAUUCUCAUUUUGUUGUGUGGAAUUGAAAGGAUACACUGCCAUCUGAUCAAUUGCUUUGGAAGACUGUUAACACAUUGGUGUACAGAAUAAUGCAAUAUUUCAUCAAUAUCUGUAUUCAUGACUGGCAUUUAAAUGAAAAUCAUAACACUCCAGACGUUUGUACUAAAAUAAAAAAUGUUCCAGAGAAACUCGGCAGGUCUGGCAGCUUUAGUGGAGAGAGAAACUGAGUUAAUUUUUCGAAGACUGUUCUUAAGAACUGUUUCGCAGAUGAAUCAUAUUGAAUCUGAAACUCCUAUAACUAUCUGGGUGUUAACAUUUUCAUUUAGAUUUGAAUGACUUGGUCUGUUUACUUAAUGUCAUUUUAUGUUUUAGAAAUUGAUGUUAAUCAAUGAGAGCUUGAACAGAAAGGUUCCAUAAAACCAUUAGUUUGGGAAUGAGUGUCUCCAGAACUUUGUUUUUAUUUCUGAUUUUCUAAAGCCUGUGUUGACAGAUGCAGAAACAAUACUUCUAGACUCAGAACUAGGAACGCAUCCCCUGACCAUGUUAGUCAAUCUGCUGAUGCUGAUUAUAAAAAUACUGAAUUUAUAUUUAAAAAAAUGUAGAUGUGUGUUUGAUAUUGUCACAAUUAAAUUGGCUUGAUUACUGCUUACAUACCUGCAACAACUGUUCUUAAAAAGUGCAACUGUGCAAUGUGAUACAUAGUCAUAGCUGGAGGAAACACAAAACAAAAUGACAGUAAUGGAUACACAAUGUGCCCCCACUCUCCCCCUCCCCUCCCUCAUGACCACCACCUACCCCUGUAACUCGAAUCAUUUAUUUAAAAAAAAUGCUGUGGAUGGACGCACAAUUACAGGAAUUUAAUUCCCAGUACUUGUUUUGUAUUUCCUUAAUCUUACUUGUGAUCACCAACAUAGUGAAAGAUG